CACUAGCUGGCGUCGAAAAAUUUUAUUUGUUUGUUUUGUCCGGCAUUAGCAUUAAGUAUAAAGUUUAUAAUUAGUAUGACGACGUGGGGCAAUAUCUGCCGCAUCUGUAGCAGCCCCGCGAACUAUGAGAUUUUCGCCAAGAUUCCCACUUAUCUGCAUGGCUCAACAAACGAGUUUCUCAACUGGCAGAAGCCAAUUAACAUUUUGUUGGAGGAGACUACCGGCCUAAAAAAUUCAACUGACGAUGGCCUUCCCCGCAACAUUUGUGCUCCGUGCAUCUCAUAUCUCAAGCACGCCGUGACAUUCCGAGAGCAGUGCAUCAAGAACGCACUGAGUCUCAAGCUGGCGGAGCUCUACCAGGAGAAGAGGGUGAACAUCUCGGAUGCCAAUAAGAUAGACAAAGAAAGCGCCCUGUUCACCGUUGAAGAUCUGUGCUACGUGGAACAGCGACCCGUGCAUAAUCUUCUUCUAAACAACUCCUCUAAACUAGAAGGCGCCAAGGACAAGGUGCACAAGCGACUGCUCAAUCAGACGGCUCCCCAGUUGGACGACAGUUCCCAACAAAGGAUUCAGUAUCUUAAUGGGUUGUUUAACAAGCAGCAGCAUCUCAAUAAUCUGCCGCGCCAUUCCCGGGAUGCGGACAUGCCCUCUAGCAGUGGCCAAAAUGAGGACGAGGAAGAGGACUAUACGGUCAGUUCCAGUGAUGACAACGAGGAGGACGCUCUACUGCGGAAGCACAAGAACUGCUACAAUUACAGCGAGACGAACUUUGAGGAGGACGAUCCUAUGGAACAGGAUCAAGUGCAGUUGCGCGACAUCAAGGUGAACAUACCCGAACCAAUGUGGAGGGAGCGCAAGUGCCCGGCCUGCUCCAAGAGGUUCAUGUUCGAGGACUCGCAGGAGUCGCAUCUGGACAACUGUGUGGAGUACCAGUUCGUUACGUUUGUGACCGAGGUAGCCAAGCUAUUGGAGAUCAGGCGACAGAAAAUGGUCUCGCCGCACGAGUUCAUCCGUCGCAUGAUUUUUGUUCUGCACAAGACCUGCACUUGGUUGCAGGAACAUUCCAUAGACUCGCUUCUGGCCGAGAAGCUUAAUCAGGUUAAGGUCUCUAAUGGCGAAAAGCCGGCUGAAGUGCCAAUUUCUUCGGAUAUUCCCGAACAUCGACCCUUGGAGGAGCAGCCCUUUGCCCUCUUCGACUUUGUCAGCGGCACAACGACUCCAAUAACAGAGGAGAACAAUGUGCUUUACGCCAUUGCGCGCUCAGAGAGCCGCAAUUCGCAGUCCACUCCGACGGUAAAGAAGCCCAUUCCCAUUCGUGGAACGGCCACUGGCUCAUCGCUGGGCUUGGGAAUCGUUCCCGACAAGCACAAGGAGCGGGCUACGUUUUUGGAGAAACUGCAAAGGGCUGUAGUUUCUCCCGGCACCGUUUCCCAAGGCUCAGCACCCAUAUUCUCAGCCCGUUGCGGGCAGUGCAAUUUAGUAUUCGACUCGGUCUCCGAACUAGAGGUCCACAAUCAUAGUGUCCACAAGGGCAGCGAACUGAACGCUGACGACGAAGCAAAGCGGCGACAAAUAAUCGCCCUCUUUGAAGAUGACAUCUAAGUUUUCCAAAGACCUGUUUUUUUUAUUUGUUUGGUUAUUAUUUAUUUUAUUGUAUUUUAUUUUGUCAUCCCUUCGGGGUAAAUUCCUCCAUAGUCGUAAUCCAUGUUUGUUUCCCCUUCUUAAAUACUUAAAGCCCCUGGCUUAAUAUUUCUAUGUAUACUCAGACCAAUAAAGAGAUUUGCAAGACUUA